AUGACACGCACAUUGCUGCGUGUUGUUGCACUGCCACCCCCGCGCCUUCGCCGCCGCCGCCGACUCCCCCACCCCGCCGCCGCCCCGCCUCCACUUGCCGCCCACAACGACUCGCGGCAGAGGAAUCCAAACAACGGCGGCCCGCCCGCCCCCGGCCCUGACAUCUACCAACAACUGCAACAACAACAGCAACAGCAGCACAUCCCAUUGCACGCCACAUACGCAAACCAUUCCUCGCUGUACGACCACCUCUCACAUCAGACCCUCAACACCCUCGAGCUGUUACUGCUGUUCUCAUUGGCGCACGAGCGUGCAGGGUUUGCGAUGCAUAUGUUUGGAAUGUCCUGCCAAGUUGAGUAA